GGCAAUUCUAACCUGCUGGAACAUAUGCCUGUUCAAUAAAAUUGAGAAUCUUCCCAUAUAUAUUCUUCUCACCACCUUACCUUGAUUUUCAGAAAUCAGCGUCCAGCCGAGAAGGUCCUAAUGCUUAUAUGGUAUAAUGUUGCCGCUAUCAAGGAAAGCACAGCAGCCAAAGAUAGUAAAGUGUCGCCAGUUGUCGCAACUCUCUGUGAACCACAGAUACAGUAUGCGCUAAGACGACAAACAGCUCCAGCUGACAGCCUCAGAAGCAAGGAAAGCAGAGCCAGUUCUCAGAAGGUCAGCCUCCUCUCCCAGCAGCUCAAUCCGUGCGCCACCGUCAAUCCGGUCAGAGACACCGGGAACACCAGGCAGGACACCUCCACAGCGAGCAAGAAGGCCGACCACCAGCAGCCUCCACCUCCCGCGCAGCACCGGUGGGGGAGGGGAGAGCCCAUAGCGGGGAAGUGGACCAGCACCCGAACCUCCUGUCACCAGGGUGCAAACAGGCAUGCCGCCACCUCCACCACCAGUCACAGGCAUGCCGCCACCAACACCACCAGUCACAGGCAUGCAGCCACCUCCACCACCAGUCUUCAGUCAGCAACAUGGACAGUAUGUUCCCAGGUAUGAGCAGGGUUGGAUUGCCUCAGUUGAGGACCCGGAAGUGAUGCCACCACCAUUGGCAUACGACCCCUGGCAAGAUACCUGGCCUGAGGAAUAUUCUUUUGGCUUUGAGGGGGAGCCAAGUCAGCCACGAAGGGUCCAUGUCUUUACCCUUCCCCCAACACAAUAUCAGGGCAUUCAUGGCUUUUCCACACAGGGGAUGUCGCAAGAAAUGCAAACUGGACAGGCUGAGUGGUCACACACUAGUCAUCAAUGGGACUACCAAUCCACCCUGAGAGCUCCACCAUCCUCUUCCCUUGGGAGAGCUCCACCAUCCUCUUCCCCUGGGAGAGCUCCACCAUCUGCCGAUGAGCAUAUAGCUGAAGUUGUCCCUGAAACACCAGCAGCUGAAGUUGUCCAUGAUGCACCAGCAGCUGAAGUUGUCCAUGAUGCACCAGCAGCUGAAGUUGUCCAUGAUGAACCAGCAGCUGAAGUUGUCCAUGAUGCACCAGCAGCUGAAGUUGACCAUGAUGCACCAGCAGAUAGAGCUGAACCUGCACCUAGAAUCACUGCUGCUCAAGAGCCUGUAUAUCAACUGUAUUCUCCCUGGGCGAGGAAUACAUUUCACUCCAGAGGAGGCUCAUAACAAGCUGCGAGAGCAGACAAAGAGGCCAACACAGGUUUCACAGGAGCAAACAGAGGUUACUCCAACGUAACAUAGAGCUGCAGAGGGACAUGGCAGCAUCAUUAAAUGCAAUUGUACAAAACCAGUCGCAGAUGAUGAGAAUUAUUUCUGAUAUGCAGAUGCAGAGUGACAACAGAUGGCGGGAACAAAACCAACUCUUGGGUGUGUUGGUUGAGCACUUCACACACCAGCAGGACACUGCCUCCAGCCUAUAAUCUGUGGCCAGCACUCCAGCAGAAUAAUCUGAAUCUUCCCAAACCAGGAGAACCAGGAAAUCCACUCCAGUCACCUCAGCCCCCUCAUCCAAGAAGCCUAAAAAAAUUAUAAUAUUCUUAUAGUUCAACAUAAA